AUGGCUAUAGCUGCAGGAGGAGCAGUUGGUGAUCCAGCCGGAGCAGCUGCCGGAAGUGCUGCUGCCAGUUCAGCCAUGGGAGGAGGCGGUGCUUUGGGAAAUUUAACCAAAGACUUAAUAUCUGGCAGAGAUGGUUUUAAAAACUUAUUGUCAUAUCAAAUACAUAGCAUUUAG